AUGGCUUCUCAAAAUAGCAAGGAUGAGAACAAAUCACAGUGUAAUCCUACCCUGGAGUCGGGAACCACUGGAGCGUCAAUACAGAUGUCCGCUAUCCAUGAUUGCUUACGGUCAAUCACCGGUAAAUUGGACAAUAUCAAUAUUCUACAGCAAUCAGUUAAUAAUAUGAAUCGAGAUCGUUGGGACGAAGAUGGGUUAGACGAACGUAUCAAAUACAUCAGCCAACAACAUGAAGAUAAUGUUGGUGAAAUUGAAACGCUGAAAUUAGAAAACAGUUAUUUGCGAAAAGAGCUCCAAGUUUUAAAGUCUAUCGUCGUUAACCUAGACAGAAGAGUCACUCAGCAAGAGAACGAAAUAGUGAACCUCAAAGGAAGAUCAAUGAGGGACAAUAGACUUGUUCAUAAUUUAGCUGAAGAUGACCAGGAAGAUCUAACAACUAGAGUUAGCGAGUUGAUCAAGGAGCAUUUGAAUUUGGAAGUUUGCUUCAUCAGAAUACACCGAAACGGUCAGAAAUUUCCAGGUAAUUCUAAACCAAGGUAA